ACUCUCCUGACAUUUGGGGGAUAUCUGUACUGUUCUGACAUUUGGGGGAUAUCUGUACCUGUCCUGACAUUUGGGGGAUAUCUGUCCCGUCCUGACAUUUGGGGGAUAUCUGUCCCGUCCUGACAUUUGGGGGAUAUCUGUCCCGUCCUGACAUUUGGGGGAUAUCUGUACUGUCCUGACAUUUGGGGGAUAUCUGUACUGUUCUGACAUUUGGGGGAUAUCUGUACUGUCCUGACAUUUGGGGGAUAUCUGUACUCUCCUGACAUUUGGGGGA